AAACAACUCGAAAUAGAAACCGGAAGGAGUUUCUUGUCUUCAUUUUUAUGGAUUACUUCCUACAUAGAGGUCGAAUGCUACAAAAAAGCAAAAAAAUCGAUUGACAAACCGUCAAGAAACAAAUGAAAACUAAAUCAUAUGGUCGCCGAGUCAUUCAGUGCUCAUCUCAUAUUGAAACGAUCAUGAUUAGAAACGAUCUACACAAAAAAAUAUAAAAUAUAUAUCUAGGAAAUAAGAAACUCAGACACCGCCACCGAUCAUAUCAAUCAUUGGUUAAUACGUAAGAAUAAAAUAAAAUUUAUGACUGCCGAUUGACAGGCGUAGGUAAAUGAUAAGUGGAUUUUUUAAAUAUGUUCUGAUUUGCGAAGAAAUCCCGUGAAAGGACAACAGCUUAUUGAUACGUAACCUGUGAUCCCCAAUGCAAGAUUAUGGUGGGUCGAACAAGACUGACCACCGAGAGGGUGAGCGCGGACACCAAGACUUUCAUCACUCCGUGAUGCAGAAAGGCAGCUAUGGAUGCUCCAACAAAGACAUGUCUGAUUCGAACAUGGCGACGUACUGCCGAGUGGCGACCGGCAUCUAUGAAGCUACGGCGGCUGAGCAGCAGUACCAGAAUCAGAGAUACAACAAUCCGUCGGCUCCAACUUUCAGCUCGCCUCCCAACUCCCCACUGGUCGGCUUAGUCUUCGAUCCAUCUACGCCCAACUACAAGAUGGACCGUAAUUCUAACACAGAUAGACGCUCACACAGCACUUGGUCUCUCUCGUACCAAGAACCCAUAGGAACAGGCGCUAAAAAGAAAAUUGUCAAGAGCCAAGAUAAGAGACAAGUUUACAGCGCCGAUCCGCGGUACCAUGAGAGGUAUAAGGACAGUAGCACCGAGACAGACCGACAUAAGACCAAAGAUAGAAACCUUACAUCUGAAUCCACCUCUAGCCUCGAUUUUUUCGUCGAAGGCGAACGAAUGGUGUCAGAACUAUGCAACAUGCCAGACUCUAACGCAAGAGCCGAUGCAAAUAAUCAAAAACCAUUUCAAGACGAGGACAAAAACAAACCUUCCGGAUCAUCCGACGUCCUUCUUACCGCUCUAGACAAGAUCGUAAUUCACGAUCAGAUCCCAAAUCAGAUUGUCCAACUUGCUAUUGAAGCUUGCACUGACGCUGAAAAUAUAGCCAUUGCACAUCAUAAUAGACCUUGCUUCAAAAAUAUACAUUCUAUUUGUGCAAAAACUAGAUCCAAUGUUCAGAAGCCGGAUAGUGCCGUGGCCAACUUACACUCACAGGGCAUACCGUGGGUCAUCAAAAACUUUAUAUUCUCUUUCGUCAGAAUUCUAGACGGCUGGAAAGGCGUUAAAGAACUUCUAAGUGAGAAACACGAUACAUUUUCUAGAAUUGAAAACAAAUAUUAUAGCCCUAAUAUCCGUGAAUGUUUCGUACAAUGGCAGGCGGUUACCAAAGAGAUGUUGACGCAUAUUUAUAAGACCUACAAGUGUUUAGAUCACGGUUUUACUAUGGAGCAAAAGAGUUUUACACACAAUUACUACGCCACGAAUUCUGCGGCUCCGCGCCAUCAGAACCAGAGUAAGUUUCAAACAGUGAAACCCCACGUUAGUACCUCAAGACCCGUCAACGCCUCUCCUCAACCGUUCAACGCGGUCCAACCGCCAUGGGUGCAGAACCAAAAUCAUUCACCCUCUCAGACUUUCACCGAAGGUCCGUGGCCGGUCAGAGCUGGAGUUGCCUUCAAGAAAUUUCCUGUAGUGCCACCCCCGAGCUCUCAUAACUUUUAUCCUCUGAAUGAGCAGGGUGAUAUGGAUGCAUAUCUAAAGGGCUCAUACAAGUGCGACCCUUGCAGCUUUCGGGAAGCAAAACCUCGCCAGUCUUGGACUAUUACCAACAUGCCUGACUUCCGAGCCUUAGAAAACAUGUGCCAUGCUGAGCAAAGAGAAUUAUACAACCAAAUGAAGCACAAAAUGGAUGCAGAGCUCGGUAAAGCUCCUGGUCAGCCAAUCAUGAGCGGCAUGUUGUUCGAUCAGAUGCAACGUCGAGACAUGGAACUGAAAGCGAAAAUGAUACCUUUAAGUCAUGUCGAGAAAACUUUAAUACCAAACAUAGCGCCCUCUGUCGAGAUGCGAGGUCGAUACGUUCAGAAAAACAACAGCUGCGGCGACACAAAGGAAGAGGCUGAUUUUUUUGCGGCGUGGGGUCAGAUGGUCCAAAAAGAACCUAGCGAUUUUAUAACUCAUCACUCGCACAACGUUCAGGUCCCGUCGAACGUUGUGACGAUUCCAAAUAAUAUCUCUGGCCCCGUGCAAUUCAUUGAUCCUGAAAAUGAUGAGUAUCACGAAAUGUCGAAAGUGUAUAUGAAACCCGGAAGUUACAAAGUGCCUAUAAAGCCAGCGGAUCCGACGUCACCGUUUAUGCAAGGAUCGAGUCAAGAAGCAGUGUUUGACAACCCUUUAGUGGAGGAGAUGGCUUUAAAGAUGAAGGUACCCUUUCCACCUGUGACGUUGGCACCGCAGCCAAAGUACAACCUCGAGGCUUGGCCGUGCCUGAUGCCGAGGCGUGGCGACGAUAUGUCGACAGACGAGCACAAGCUGAUGUCGAGACCCGCGAUGUCUGGUCUGGAUAUUAGAAACGCCGAACCUUUAGAAAUUCUCACUAUGAUGACGUCUGAUCGUGCCUGGGAAGCAGCUAAACAAUCGGCUCCCAAGCUUGUAGACUUCAUCCAUGAAGGUUCCAAGUCGGAUACUGCGAGGUUGUACGAUGCUUUAGGAUUGAGCGCUAACGAUGAUCUCUCCGAUGAUUUAAAACAAGUGAAAUUUACAAUGGAAAAUAAUGACACCUGGGCCGCUAGGAUGGGCCCUCACAACUUUAUUUCGAAGGACGCGCACAGUUUGUGGGAGAAUUCUUCAGCAAACCAAGACCAGUCAGUUCUGAGCAAUGAUUCUAGCAAGUGCCUUGAUUCGGAGCCAAAAUCCCUCGAAUCCGACGAGGUUUUUAUUCCUGAGAAGAAACAAGAGUCUAAAGAAACUCGCUUAAAUUAUGAUCAGACUGGAAACUAUGUUAGAGGCGAGAACCAAAAGAAACCACCUAAAACCAAGGUGGCUGCGUCCGGAAUGUGGUACCACCCCAAGAAGAAGAAGCCAUUGCCCGCUGCUACUGUCAAAAAGUUUGAGGCUUUGCUUGGAAACCUGGCUCAACUGAACGAGGCCGCUUUCAUCCAGCAUGAUAUGGACAUAAAAGUAGCCCCUCGAUUCUAUGAAGUAGUGAAGUAUCCGAUGUGCCUGCACGAUAUCUCCACGAAGCUCAAGAAUUCGUCUUACACGGAUCAUGAGCAAGUGGUUCAAGACUUCAGGCGUAUUUUCAACAACGUUCGUCUCUAUCUAAAGUCUUACCCAGAUGCCGCUAUGAAAAAGAAUCUGAACAAGACAGCAGCAGAAUUUGAAAAGUUGCUGAACGAAGAAUUUCAGAACAAAUGGGACAAUAAAUCCAAGUCUCAAGAGAACACAGAAGUAGACGGCAGUAAAAAGGAAGAGAAAGAAGACGCUAAAAGUGCAGAGAAUAAGGCGGACGCAAAUAAGAAAACUGACUCGAAAACUAGCGAUGACAAGAAGUAAGCUUUUAAAGUGUGCGGUGGAGUAAAUAUAAGACAUGGGUAUAGUUUAGAUGAUAUAAGAUAAAGUUUUUAAACUCAAAAACUUAUUCUAUUUUAUCCC